GCUUGGCGCUGUUUCGCUGGGGCAUAUAAGGCUGGAUCGUGCUUCAAGACAUCUCCUCCCUUCAUCUGCGAGGCCUGCGGCCACCCGUCUGUGAAUACCAGAGGACUGUCGGGCUGACUCGAGCUAGUGCGACAAAGUUCGGCCUCAAUGUACACAAUGCGUACGAGUCCGAAAACAAUGUCCAGGUUACCGAGACCAACUGUCGUUGAUGUUCCGGGAUGAAAGUACCAAGGUCAUCCAGAAGGCGCAUGCCCAGUGGGGAGUACCGGAGACGUCCGAGUCAGGAGAAUCAUCCAGCAGUUCGCCCAUACCGGCAUCGUCCUCUUCAACAAGAAGCCAGUCAUCUGUAUUUGAGGCAGCCAUGCGCCUCUCCACCACCGCCAAGGCGAAGGGCCGAAGACAUUUCGAGGGAGAACGAUUACCCAAAGAAAUCAGCGCGCCGGUUGUCGACAAAGCCAUUCAAUUCUAUGUUGAGCACUACGUGCUUGGACUCCCUGAUGAGCCUAGGGUUGGCCAGGAGCUCCAAGGGGAGAGAUGGGUCCACUCGCGCGAGAUACGGGAUAUCAUGGCUGCCGUGGGACUCGCGGGUCUUGCAAACCUCACCGGGGACAAGGAAAUGAACACAUUAUCUAAACAUCACUACGGACUCGCCCUCAGGACCAUGGCUUCAUCCAUGCGGAAUAUCGCAAGUUUGGAUCUCGAGCUUGUCCUUCGAGGCAUUGUGAUGAUGGCCAUGUAUGAGGUGAGCGCCAGAGACGAGGCUGUCAGCCCUGCGCGAACACACGUCAUGGGUGCCGCCGCAAUACUGAGCAAUUUCCUACUGCCGAUGGCGCCGGCAGAUUGGACUCGUGGCCUUCUACAGCUGUGCUUCUCGAUGGUGGCUUCGAAACAGAGCUCCUUCCAGUACCUCUCCCCGGAGCCGAACGUCGUGAUUCCCACAUACAUCGAGCCCUAUUGCGAGACUACUCUUCCUGGCAGUCUUCCUGGAACCUUGUUCGACUGGAUCUCCAUCCUCGGCGAAACGACAUCGGAAGCAGACAGACCGUCAGUCGAGCUUCUCAAGGUCGUUGUCCGGUUUGUUCAGCUGUCAGCCCUUGUGCGUAGCCAGCCGCUCGUCGAUGGCCAUCCCAAGACCUCCGAGGUGGUCCAGGAGGCGCUGGCGAUUAACGAGUACCUCGAGUCUUGGAACUCUCAACAGCAACACGACAUUUGGGCUGUCACUGAGGAGCGCAUGAAUGAUUUAUUUCCCCCCGAGGCGGUGUUUGAAGGCUGCUACCACGUGUACGACGACACGUACAUCGCGCGAGUCUGGAACCACUACCGCUGGGCUCACACUCUGGUGAACCAGCUGCUACUCGAGAGCGUCGACCGGUUCCCAACGAGCGCCUCGCCGCUGGUGCCGCCAGAACAGCAGCGGCGCUCCCUCGACUGCAUCCGCCGCCUGACGCGGGACACGCUGGUGUCGAUCCCGACCCACUACCGGCACCCAAAGCUUCGGCCCGUGCAUCUGGAUUGCUUUGACAGGACCAAACCUGGCGCUGGCAUCGGCAUAGCCGGAAUUCCGACGCUGAUGUUCGAGGUCAAGGUCGCGGGGAGUGCGCCGGGCAUCCCGGACCGCUAUCGAGCGUGGGCUUUAGGAAUUCUGGAGACGACGUACAGGGAUAUCGGCAUGUUCCAAGCUAAGGCGCUGGCAGGGUUUCUCCGGAGGUUGGUGGAACGAGAGUCGUCGCCCUGGUGCUCUCCUUUGAGUGCUGGCGGAAGGCGAUGAGUGACAGAGGGCUAUUGGCCAUGCUACCUACGCUGGGACGCAAGGGUGAGGUUCUCGAGGCUUCGCGGAGGAACGAUCGAGGGCUGACUUGAUAUGGAUGUGAAUGAUGGGGAAUGCUGUAAGAGAGAUGAGCUCGAAUGGGAGAUUAAGGCUGGGAGUAAAUC